GGACAGCGCAUGUUGGACGCAUCAUGUGUUCCUCUGCGGGCAGAUUCUCGGUGAUGACAGCGGAAUCUCCAUCAUGGCUUGCUUCAUCCAUGUUCAAAUAGUCUCUAUCAUUCCAUCAUGGACUCUCCUUCAUCUUCAUUCACGCAAGCACAAUCAUCAGUCAUGCCCUCUGCAACGCAAGAGGUCUCUACCCCCGUCAGCGAGGCUUGGUGGAAGGAGGCAUCUGUCUACCAGAUCUACCCUUCAUCCUUCAAGGACUCAAAUGGAGAUGGCAUUGGUGACAUUCCUGGUGUGAUUGAGAAGCUAGACUACUUCAAGAACCUUGGUGUUGACAUCGUUUGGCUAUGUCCGGUUUACCCAUCGCCUCAGGUUGACAUGGGUUACGAUGUAGCCGACUACUGCGAUAUUGACCCGCAGUACGGGACCAUGGCCGACGUCGAGCGACUCAUAGAGGGUCUGCAUUCAAGAGGUUUGAAGCUACUGAUGGAUCUUGUGGUCAAUCACACCUCAGACCAGCACAAAUGGUUCCGAGAGUCUAAGUCAUCUAAAGAUAGCCCUUACCGAGACUGGUAUAUCUGGCGAAAGCCUCGAUACGAUGAGAAUGGAGAGCGACAGCCACCGAACAACUGGUCCUCCUAUUUCGGAGGCAGUGCAUGGGAAUACGACUCUGCAUCUGAUGAGUAUUAUCUCCAUCUCUUCGCAAAGGAGCAGCCGGACCUCAACUGGGAGCAUGCUCCCGUGCGCGACGCCGUGCAUGAUAUCAUCCGCUUCUGGCUGGACAAAGGCGUCGAUGGAUUUCGAAUGGACGUGAUCAACUUCAUCAGCAAGCAAGACGGCCUCCCCGACGCCACCGUCAAGAUUCCUGGAGCCAAGUUCCAGUGGGGCGACGAGCAUUACGCCUGCGGUCCUCGACUACAUGAGUACCUUCAGGAUAUCGGCAAGAUCCUCAAAGAGUAUAACGCCUUCUCCGUUGGCGAAAUGCCGGCAGUUCAGGAUCCCAAGGAAGUUAUCAAGAGUGUUGGCGAAAGCCGUGGUGAACUCAACAUGAUCUUUAACUUCGAGAUCGUGGAUAUGGAUCAUGGCGACGGAGGAAAGUUCUCCCCACACAAAUGGGAGAUGCAAGACCUGAAGAAGAUUGUCAACAAGUGGCAGACGUUCAUGUACAAGAACAAGGGCUGGAACGCCUUGUACCUCGAAAAUCACGACCAGGCAAGGACAGUAUCGAGGUGGGCCUCCGAUAAGCCCGCCUACCGAGCGCUGUCAGCCAAGAUGCUGUCCACGUUCCUAUGCUUCCAGAGCGGUACAGUGUUUGUAUACCAGGGACAGGAACUGGGCAUGGCCAACAUGCCAGCGGACUGGGAGAUGACUGAGCAUCGAGACCUGGAAACAUUAAACCACUGGGAGGAGUUGAAACAGACAACGGGUUCUGAUGCGGCAGUCCUUGAGAUCGCGCGCAAGGAAUACCAACUCAAAUCUCGCGAUCAUGCGCGAACCCCAGUACAGUGGGACUCCUCAACGAAUGCGGGCUUCUCGGCAGCAACACCAUGGAUCCGAGUAAACGACGACUAUAAGGAGUGGAAUGCCGCAGCUCAGGUCGCCCAGCCAGAUAGUGUGUUUGAGCACUGGAAAUCUGCGCUUGCGCUGCGAAAAGAACUGAAGGACAUCAUCGUCUACGGAGACUUCAAGCUUCUUGACGAAGAGAACGAUGAUGUUUUUGCGUAUGCGCGGUCGAAUGGAGUGCAGAAGGUUGUUGUUGUUUGUAAUUUCCGAGACCGAGAGAUUCCUUGGUCCCCUCCUGUCGAUUUACAUUCAGGCAAGGUUUUGCUUGCAAACAAUCCGGAAGUUAAUCUGUCGCAGAAGACGGUUAAUCUUCGUCCCUUUGAAGCUAUUGUUUGUCAAUUGCAUUAGAAUAGAUAUCUUAAUCUAGACUCAAUCAGUGUUUCAAAGAA